CGCGAUGCGCCAUACGAAAGACAAGAUCCGACAUGAGUUGAGGCUGCCUGCUCAGAAGCGAGUAGUCAUCACCGUUCCAUUUACCACCAUCGAGGAGCAGAAUUACUCAGAAUUGAUCAAGCAGAUGUGCCAGGCGUGUGGCUUCUCAUCAGAUGGGAAGUUCUUGGACGAUGAUGGAAACCCGUGGGAUCCGCCUGUUCUGGAGAAGAUGCGAGAAUGGCUAGUACGUCUCAGGCAGACCUGUUUGCAUGCUCAGGUUGGUCGUCGGAACCGCAGGGCACUCGGUCGCGGAAACGCCCCCUUGCGCACUGUCGAGGAAGUUUUGGAGGUCAUGAUCGAACAGAACGACACUAUAGCGAAAGCUGGAGAGCGUGAGGUGGUUCUGAUAUCGCUGGGGAAGGGUCAUGCUCUUGCAAACGUCAAGCCUGACGAGCAUCGUAGUGAGAAAGCGCUCGAAGUCUAUCUCGCUGCUCUGAAGGAGGCUAGCCGGUUCGUUCAAGAAUGUCGAGAUGAGCUGGAGGCCGAGAUUGUGAAGCAGGGGGCCGCAUCCAUCGCGAGCGGCCGUUCCGUCUCCGUUGUCGCUGAUCAAGAAAGCGACGGCGAAGACAAGAACAAACAAGGCGAGGGAUCUGAGCGCCUCGCGCGGCUAGCAACCAUCAAGAAGAGUCUUCGAUCUGCGUUGGAAUUGGAGCAUGCCUGCAAUUUCUUUGUGGGCACAUCUUACUACCAGAUCAAAGAGAAUAAGAACUUGACGAUGGCUGAAUCUGAAGAGUUCCAUCAGCUGGAAAAGUCUGAGACGGAGUUUUAUGCAACGGCGAAGGCAAUCCGGAAAGAGCUGCUACGCGAGUCGCAAGAAAGCGCCAUGAGACUAAUGAAGAGGAUUGAAGCAAAGGUGGAAAAAGAGAACUUCGCGAAAGUGCCGCACAUUAAAGAACUAACAGACUAUGGAGGAAUCGAGAACCGCAAGGUACUUGACAUGAUGGAUCGUCUCACCGAUGUGAUGAACAACCAGACUGCGCAGAUUGACGAAUGGAGGAAGAAAGUAGUCAGCAUACUACUUCUGCCGCUUGUUGAUGAAGACGAGGGCAAGGAAACUACUGGAGACGAAUACGAAGAUUCCACCAAGGCCCAAGACGAUCUCUACGUCUACAUCGCUGCUCUAAGAGCGAUUAUUGCGGACAGAAAUCUUGCGAUUACUGGAUUGAGUAACGAGUUGAUCGACCACGAGAUGCUAACUUCAAAGAAAUUCGCACUUGAAGGCAAAGGGCAUGCUCCCGAGCUUACUUUGAAAAUACUAGACAUCCGCGAAAAGCUGAAGCCUACUGCAAAGGACGCAUCCCUCAAAGGAGCAAUCUCAUUGGUCCGAACUCUGGUCACAAAUCUUCAAUGGCAAGCGGAUGAAGGCAACGAUCGCGCACGAACGGAGCUGAAGAUUGUUGAAAAGGAGCUGGCCAAAAUCCAGGCAAUAUCAACCUCGCAGACCAAAGCGCUGGCGGAACUGGAGAAGGAGCAAGAAUUGUUCCGAACAGCGAUGAAUCGGCGAUUGGGGUUCUACCGUCAAUUACAGCACAUCUCAGAUACCGUGGCUCCGUGGAAAGAGGAGAUGGACGAAAAGCUAGAUAUGGUCGCUCUCGCGAAACAGCAGAGACUAGAAGUGAUGGCGAAGACCAACUUGACCAGGACUAAAGCCAAGCAGCGGUUCUUACUCCAUCUGCGAGAAGAGAACAAGCAAGAGGGCGAGCGAAUCUGUGUUAUCUGCCAGUCGGAGUUUGAGAAUGGUGUGUUGACCAUUUGUGGACAUCAAUUCUGUAAAGAGUGCAUUCAGGAAUGGCAUAGAGCUCACCGCACAUGCCCGAUCUGCAAGCGGAAACUGCACCCCAACGACUUCCACGAUAUCACUUACAAACCGCAAGAGAUGAAGGCGCAAGAGGAAACGCACGAAACCGAAAGCCAGUCACUACCGUCUUCUCCCGGAUCAGCACAAAGCUCCAUCUACUCUGACAUCAGCAGCACCGUCAUGAACGAAAUCAAGAACAUUGAUCUCACGGGAGCAUCAUACGGCACGAAGGUGGACACGAUUGCAAGACAUCUUCUCUGGAUUCGCAAGAACGACCCUGGAGCCAGAUCCAUCAUUUUCUCCCAAUUCAACGACUUCCUCGACGUGCUGCGCAAAGCAUUCGAAGGCUGGAACAUCGGCUGCAGCAGUAUUGGCGAGAAGCACGGGAUCGAGAAGUUCAAGUCUGACGCUAGCACCGAAUGCUUCCUCCUAGAUGCGAAAUCGGACUCGUCUGGAUUGAAUCUGGUCAACGCGACGUACGUGUUCCUCUGCGAGCCGCUGAUCAACCCGGCUAUCGAGCUUCAGGCCAUAGCGCGAGUUCACCGGAUCGGACAGCAGCGGCCUACGACAGUGUAUAUGUACCUGGUCAGCGACACGGUGGAAGAGGCCAUCUACGACAUCUCCGUUUCGCGACGCCUAGAGCAUAUGAGUCAAGGGCGUAAGGCAAACUCCAGUGAAUCUAGCUCGGGCACAGCGACGCCAAGUCUACAGGAGAACGCGAUUGAUGCGGCGAAUUCGCUGGAGCUGCAGCAAGCCCCACUCAAGCAGUUGAUGCGUAAGAAGGGCGAUGGGGAGGUAGUCAGGCAGGAUGAUCUGUGGAAGUGUCUCUUUGCUAAGCCGCGCAAGGAUCAGGCGGAGCCGAGUGCUGCGGCGCAGACACAGGUAGAUCGGCAUUUGAGAGCUUCGGCGGCGGAGGGUAGGGCUUCAGCGGCAGAGGGUUGGGCUACGGCGGCAGGGG